AUGGCUACAAAGCAGGCUCACAAGAGACUUACCAAAGAGUACAAGUCUAUGGUGGAAAACCCCCCUCCCUUCAUCAUGGCACAACCUAACGAAAACAACAUCUUAGAAUGGCAUUACGUUAUCACUGGCCCUCCAGAUACACCUUACGCUGGAGGUCAAUACCAUGGAACACUGGUAUUCCCAUCUGAUUACCCAUUCAAGCCUCCUGCAAUUAGGAUGAUUACGCCAAAUGGACGAUUCAAGGAGGACACAAGACUGUGUCUUUCCAUGAGUGACUAUCAUCCUGACACUUGGAAUCCAUCGUGGUCGGUGUCGACGAUAUUGACUGGUUUGUUGAGCUUUAUGACAGGUACAGAAAGCACGACGGGGGCGAUUGUGACAACUUCCGAAUACAAGAAGAAAAUGGCGGAGAGUUCCAAGGAGUUUAACGCGCUGAGAAAUGUCCGAUUCCGGGCUAUAUUUCCUGAUCUUGUCAAAGAAAACUUGAAUGACAUAGAAGAAAUGAAAAAAAAUGGGAAGAGCUCUGAGAAAGAAACCACCAAAAAUAUUUUAGAAGAGGCAGGCAAAGAAGAAGUGGUGCAUUUGGCCGACAUCACAGACCCUGAAGACAGAAUAAGAGCUGAAGAGGAACUUGAAAAACUUCGUAGGAACAAUAAUAGGCCUAAUCCUUCAAAUCGUGCAAACGAUAGCGGGCUGUCUUGGCUGUACAUUAUUCUAGCACUUGCCUUGUUCAUUGUCGGACUAGUUAUGAAAUAG